AGUGCUCUUUCCUAUUCCCAAUGUUUAUAAAUUAAAUAAAUAGUGCUUUUUAAAAUGUUUAUCGCCAUGGCGGUGGCUGGCACAUCUUUGGGUAAAGCUAAAGGCCCCAUAGUUGACCCUGCGCUAUGCCGAUGCUGCCGUUCCAUAAAGAAAUGCCGACUUUUGAGCAGCGAAUACGAAUGGCUCGGCAAGAAGGAAGUUUACUCCGAUAUGUUGAUGGAUUGUUUCGGCUUACUUCUGUCCCAUUUAGACGGGGAGCCUAAAGACAGUGGAGUGUGCGCCACAUGUGUUGGCCGUCUCCGGGAAGCUGUGGCCUUCCGUCAGCAGGUGCUGCAGAGCGAGCAGGCCUUCCUUGACGCCCGGCUGGAGAACAAGGAUGAAGUGCCCCUGGUGGAGACUAAAGUGAAGGUGGAACCUGUCCCUGACUCAGAUGCGUCCGUGGGCGGACAUGACGAUGACCAAGAUUAUGAACCCGAAUGUAAAGUGGAGAUAGAGCUAAAGUCAGAGUCACCCGAGAAGCGUAAGAAGACGCGACCGCGACCCUUAGUACUGAAGAAAAGAUCCAAAAGAGAGCUGUUUGAUAGAGCGCUCGCUCUACAGGACAAACUUGAUGAAUUGCUGGACCAAGGACCACCGUCGCCGCCUAAGAAACUGAAGGCACAAAAAAGGACCCCCGAUGAUCACGACCACAUGGUGUACCACAACACAAUCACUAUAGUCCUCAACUCAUACGUGUGCCCGUUCCAUAAUAGGAUCAGCAACUAUUACUGUUACUACUGCAGGGACCAGUUCACGAACCCCGUGGAGCUGCGCGAGCACACGUUGGUGCACAAGCCGAGCAUGUUCGAGAGCAUGACCGAGAACAAGAAGAUACCCAAGAUCGACAUCACCAGGAUCGACUGCAGAUUAUGCCCAGCCAAAAUUGAAACACUAGAAGACUUUAAACAACACGUAAGCAGCGUACACAACAAAAAAAUAUUCCCCGUGCAAAACGAAUUCCUAAAAUUCAAGUUAACUUUAGACAAUAUAAAGUGCACGGAAUGCAAUAGCAGUUUCCCAUAUUUUGACAGUUUGAAAAAGCAUAUGAUAGAGCAUUUCGGGACUUUUAUAUGUGACCAAUGCGGGGCCUGCUUUUUAGAACAAAACUCAUUAAGAACUCAUAUAAAAAGUCAUAAUAAGGUAGAAGCUAAUUUCCCAUGUGAAAUAUGUGGGAAGAACUUGAAAUCUAAAUACAGUCGCUACUUACACGUAGCUACGGUACAUGAGAAAAAACCUACAGUGAAUUGUUACAAGUGUGAUUCUAGUUUUCUGUCUUACGCAUUAAGAAAUAGACAUUUAAUAGAGGUUCAUGGUGAUAAAAGAACUUUUCCAUGUAAAUUAUGUGAUAAAGUAUAUAAUAGAAGGAAAACUCUUAUGGAACAUAAUAGGAGGAAUCAUUUGAAAGUGUAUAGACAUCAGUGUGACUUGUGCGACCAAAGAUUCUACCUACCCUCAAGGCUAAAAGAGCAUAUGGCGACGCAUACUGGGGAAAGGAAUUUUCGUUGUGAGUUUUGUGAUAAAUGUUAUCCCAGGUUACAGUCUUUGCAGGAGCAUGUGAGGUCGCAUUCGAGUGACAGGAGGUAUAAGUGUGACAUUUGUAAUGCGACAUUUACACAAAAUGGCAGUUUGAAAAGCCAUAUGAAGAGCCAUCACCAGUUUGAGUUGAACGCUAAUUUCGGAUGAUAUACUAACA